AUGUUGGGACCUGGGUAUUCUCUGGCGGGUGAGAGAGAUUGUUUCCAGAACUUUGGCUCACAGGCAUUGGCACUCCAGGAGAGUCAGGACGCCUCUUUCCUUGGAGGGGGACAAUGUGGUAGAGUCAAGUAUAUGGUGGUGGCUCCGACCAUCAGUAGCCUGGCCUGUCAGGAACAGCUUAUAGACGCCGCAAAGGGUGUGGCUCACUCUGUGGAGGGAAUCGUGGAGGCGGCCCAGCAGUCCUGCCACGAUGAUAAGCUUCUGGCCGACCUAGGCGCCGCAGCCACAGCAGUUACUCAGGCUCUUAACGACCUGCUACAGCACAUCAAGAAGGGGGCAGGACCCACCGCGGCUGGGGAAUCCCACGAGGAUGCAGUGGACACGAUCCUGACUGUGACAGACAGACUGUUCAGUAGUGUGGGCGACGCCCACGAGAUGGUGAGACAGGCCAGGCAGCUAGCUCAGCAACCUCUUCAUUGGUUGGGGCCAUCAGGGGAGAAGCCGAGCGCCACUCUGACUCGGACAUGCAGAAGCGGCUACUGGCCGCCGCCAGACAACUCGCUGAUGCCACCGCGAACAUGGUGGAAGCUGCCAAGGGCUGUGCGUCGAGUCCGAACGACUCGGAGCAGCAGAAGAGACUAUGAGGCGCUGCAGAGGAUCUCCGGGCUGCCACAAAUAUCGCCGCCAGCAACGCCCUCAAAAAGAAACUCAUCAGGAGGCUAG